CAUCAGCAUACGAUUCCAAAGUUCGCAAAUCCAAACCCUAGCUCAACCCAAAGUAGCUUUUUCCCUGCAAAAUCGACUGCGAAAAUGCUGAGACUGGUGGCGAGUAGGCUGCUCGGAACAGCGUCACGGGAAGUCCCAUCGCGUCCCCUUCAGAUUCUUCCGCGUCUUUACCACGAGAAUGUCAUCGAUCACUACAAUAACCCUCGUAAUGUCGGCUCCUUCGAUAAGAACGAUCCCAACGUCGGAACCGGCUUGGUCGGUGCUCCGGCAUGUGGCGAUGUUAUGAAGCUGCAAAUCAAAAUUGACGAGGAAUCAGGGAAAAUCGUCGAUGCUUGCUUUAAAACCUUUGGUUGUGGGUCGGCUAUUGCAUCUUCUUCUGUCGCUACUGAAUGGGUGAAAGGAAAAAGCAUGGACGAAGUGCUUACCAUUAAAAACACUGAGAUCGCGAAACAUCUUUCACUUCCACCCGUUAAGCUUCACUGCAGUAUGCUUGCAGAAGAUGCAAUCAAGGCAGCUGUAAAAGAUGCGGAAGCUAAACGUGCUAAAAUGAAUGGUAGUUCCAAGGCUGCUGAUGUAAACUGAGAUCAGUAGAGGCGAAACAGACCCAGGGCUGGUCCAAAAGAAUUUGAUGUUAUUAUGUGGUGCCUGGAACAUGGUUUUGCAUCUUACCGUUGGAUCCAGGCUAAUGUGAAGACAGCAAUCAAAUCCACUAAGGUUGGUCCGACAAGUACUGGAACUUUUUAUGCAAUGAACAUUCUUAUUA